AUGGCUUCGGUUAGGAAAAGAAAGAUGGCCAGAUCAUCGGUCAAGAAAGCGACCAGGAGACACAAGGAUCGAAGCAGAAAGAUCAACAUCACUAGCAACCCCAUCAUAGAGAAAAACUGGGACUAUUCUCUAACGCUUUCUCAAAAUUACGAGAAGUUAGGUCUCCGGGCUAAGUUGCAAACACCAGCAGGAGGUAAGGAGGCCAAGCUGGAUAAAAUCGUUCUGAAGGAGCCACUAUCAAAGCAGUCUUUUUUGAACAACGACGACGACGAAUUUGGGCCAGAGGCAAGUAUUUCCAGUGACGAAGAAUCGAAAGAAGAAGAAGCUGAUGAAAACGAUAUUCUUGAGGGCGAGGCAAGAAUCGUACGUGACGCGGAAGGGAAUGUUGUGAAGGUCCUCUACGGUAAGAAAAAGGCGCUUGACUCGACCUCAGGAGAUGAAGAAAACAUGACAGAGACUGUGAAGCAGUUAGAGGCAUUUGCAUCACGACCAGUUGUUAAAAAGGAUAGAGUCCCUAGCCAAAGAGAAGACGCAUGGUUGGAUUCACUUUAUCAGAAGCACGGAGACAAUUACAGGAGGAUGUUUUUUGAUAAGUUAAAUGUCAACCAGCAGACUGAAAGCGACAUUAAGAAUAGGAUUGAAAAGUGGAAGCGUAGACAGGGCAUCGCCCAAUGA